AAGACAUUUCGGAUCCCUUUGCUGCUCAGCAAAAUGGCAGUUGUUUACACACUGCUGGUGUUAUUCUUAGCAGUUUUUGUUGCUGGAUUUAUAUUGUUGGUCAUGGGGGCAAUUAACUUUGAUUUCUCCAACUCAGAAAUUCCUCCUGGAGUGAAUCAGCCUGUAAAGCUCCGAAUCAUUCAUAUAAUCUUAAUAAGCAGAGCUGUGGUGGGAAAGAUUUUGGAAAAUAUUGGCAUCUGCAGUCAGGUUAGCUUUGUCCGGUACAUGCAAGAUAGAAAGACUCCAGGAGUGGACCUGAAGCUCUUCAUCAAGGACCUGUUGUUUGAGAAAGUGCCUGUAAGGAUUUAUCAGCCUAAGGUUCCAUCUGCCUGCCAAAGGAGAGGAGUUAUGUUUUUCCAUGGAGGAGGAUGGGUAUUUGGAAGUCUUGAGACCCAUGAAAAGCUAUGCCGCUCAAUUGCCAGAGAAAGUGAAUCAGUGGUUGUAUCUGUUGGGUAUCGUUUAGCUCCUGAACACAAGUACCCUGCUGCAUAUGAAGACUGUCUUAAUGCCACCAUACACUUUAUGAAGAAUAUCGAGCACUAUGGUGUGGAUCCUGCCCGUAUAAUUGUCUGUGGGGACAGUGCUGGGGGCAAUCUAGCAGCUGCUGUGAGCCAGACCCUUGCGGGUAGAUCAGACCUCCCCAAACUACGUGCUCAGAUCCUGAUCUACCCGGGCCUUCAGGCACUGGACUUCAAUUUACCGUCUUAUCAGCAGAAUCGAGGAGUCCCACUGUUAUUCCGAGAACGUGCUGCUUUCUACAUCUUACAGUACCUAAAUGGGAAUGCAUCAAAUCUGGAAGACGUCUUGGAGGGUUCCCAUAUUCCUAUAGAUAUUAAAUUAAAUUAUAGGAAGUGGGUGAGUCCAGAUAACAUUCCUGAAAAAUUUAAGGUCAGAGGCUACAAACCACAUGUGCUACUUGACAGUACAACUGAAGUUUAUGAGACAGUGAAAAGAUUCUGUGAGCCCAACCUGUGCCCACUGUUAGCCGAAGAUGCUAUUGUUCAGCAGCUGCCCGAGUCUUUCAUCUUGACUUGCGAGUAUGACGUGCUGAGGGACGAUGGCUUGCUUUACAAGAAGAGACUGGAAGACAAUGGUGUUCGAGUGACCUGGUUCCACCUCGAGGAUGGAUUCCAUGGAAUCAUAAAUUCAUUUAAUACUGACUGGUUGUCAUUUUCAUCUGGAAAAAGGGGUCUUGACAAUAUUGUGAACUUUCUGAAAAGCAUAUAGAAAUUAUUUUCUUCUGUAAGAACUGCCAAUUUUCUGUGGUCUUUUAUGCUUCUCAAUUCCAUAUAAGAGGUAGAUAGGUAGAUAAAUAGAUAGAUAUAAAAUUUGUUAAUGAGCAAUUAUGCCAGUGUGACCACUGAAAAAGAUAUUUCAAGAACGCUAUGAAAGUUUCUUUUAGUGCUGUUUGAAGUACUCCAUGUGCAGUCUGCCUCUUUUUGUGAUCUAUUUGGACAGACACUUGCUACUCUCUCAGUAAAUAUUAAAGAUGCAGUAAAAUUUUAAAUCAACAUCUGGUCUGACCCAUUUUAGUCAACUACGAUCUAUGGUUUCAUUCUUCCUGUAAGAUUAAGUGUGUUUUGGCAAAGGAGAAAGAUACCGAUAUUACAAUGGUACAGUGCAGUGCCUCUGCUGUAUGCUACACAUAGCAUCUGAGUCUAAGAUGCUACGAUCGACUUGCAGAAAAUUUCUAUGCACUAGGUAACUGGUAUUUUAGACUUGAAAAAAUUAAUUCAAAACAACAGAGAUACUCUAUUAAUAGCUUUGUUUAAAUUAUAGUGGAGGAAAUGCUGUGUUUUCUGUGUUUAUCAAACAUACAGUUAUGCUGAAAAACUUGUUCCUGUGAUU